UUGAGAAUCGAUUUUCAGGUUUGUUGUAAUGUGCACAACAGGAUCAGAAGUUUGCUUCACAGAAUGCACCACAUCGCUGUCUUCAUCCUGCUCACAGGCUGUGUCUUGGCUAAAGAUCAGCCGCUGUAUUCCUUCUCUCCAGCUGUGGGAUCAGGAGGAGGCUCCACCUACAGUAUCACUGGGGAGGGCCGAAUCACGGCUGUUCGUGUGUGGGAGCUAAGCCGCAACUACAUCUAUGGCUUCCAGUUCUGCUACGGUUUCAUGUGGACGCCUGUUGUUGGCUUCAUAAGUGGCGAGCCACAUGAGUUUGAGUUGCAUGAUGAUGAAGCCAUCAUCCAGAUUUCUGGGACGUAUUCUCACUACAUUCAGUCUCUGGUGUUCACCACUAACAAGGGCCGUUCUCUGCAUGUAGGAAAUCCCUCAGGCAACUCCUUCAACAUGUACCCUGAAAACAGAGACGCAGAGCUGCACAUCAUCAGUGGCCGGGUUCAUGGAGGAAUUUCCUCAAUUGAGGCCCACUGGCUCGUCCUUCAAAAUGAUAGCAAAACCAAGCAGUGAAUAUGACACAGUGAAUAUGGAUUACUUCCAUAUCAGAACUGUGUUUGACAAACUGUGUAUACUGUGUUAAGUCACUCAGUACUUUGAAAGCAAAAGAAAUGAUUAAACAUUAUUCUUUGUAAUUAAAGCUAGCAUGUGGCAUGAUCAUUCUCCUAUAGCCUUCCUCUGUGGCAAAAUCAUCAACCAAACCUUUGCAUGUGAUUACUCUAAUCAGUUACUAACCAAAACAUCAACAUGGACAAAUAUUGUCUUUUGAAGAAGGGACUUCUUUAAAACAUACAAAAAACAUAUAUCAGCUGAGCUAAUAUGUCAUGUCAGCUCAUGACUGUAUAUCUUUUUCUUCAAGCUGCAAAUCAUGUACCUGUCCUUGUUGGAUUUAAAUAUCAAAUAAAUCGCAUCAUGUGAGCAUCAA